AAUAAAAAUGUACACAAUUAGAGUAAGUUAGAGAGUCUCCCAUCAGCAGAUUACGAAUCAUACUUUACGUACAGCCUGCGGUCUUUCUCGGUGGCUCCUGUUUCUGGCUCUCGGCGCCCCUCAGUGGUGACAGCGGGUACUGCGUGAUGACGCUGCCACACUGCGCUUCUUACGUAGCCCGCGUAGCUACGUAAACACGUGCGCUUCGCUGCUUCCAGGUUACAGUUUUUUUUUAUUCCACCGUCAUCCUCGCGCUCCAGCAUCGCUCCCUGACAACAGCGGCGAUGGCGGAGCCCGUAGCAUCGGAUGCAGCGGCCAAGACAGACGCAGCAGCAGCGGCAUCAUCACCCACACCGGGCCCCUCUCCCGUAGCCAGCCCGGGCUCCGAGCCUCCUUCCAUGGCUCUCUCCCCCACCGCGGACGGCUCACAGCGGCUGCUCUUCUCCCACGACCUGGUCUCCGGACGAUAUCGCGGCUCAGUCCGGUUUGGCCUCGUACGGAUGAUCCACGGCGAGGAGGAUUUUAACUCAGAUUCGGACCUCGACGAUGGCGGAGGGAGAGGCGGAGACGGCGGCGGCGGUGGAGGAGGCGGACGAGUACCGUGCGGUUCGGACACUGAGAGCGCCGUGGACACCCCAAGUCGGCCUCUCGGGAGGGGAUUUGUCCGCGUCCAGUGGUACCCCGAAGGUGCGAAGCAGGACAUCAGGGAGACAAAGUUAAAACUUGAAGAUCGAUCGAUCGUCAUCAGAGACUUCGUGCGAAGAAACAACUCUAAUGAUAACCAGUGUGGCUCCGUGACCAACAUGAACAUCGAGUGUGCAGUGAAAUUAGUUGGAACCAACUGCGUUCUGUAUCCAGUCAACAGCAAAGACCUGCAGCACAUCUGGUCUUUCAUGUACGGCGACUACAUCGCCUACGACUUCUGGCUGGGGAAAGUGUACGACCUGACCAAUCACAUCAUCCUCAAGCUGUCCAAUGGAGCCAGGUGCUCCAUGAGCGUGGAAGACGGUGCCAAGCUUUAUGAUGUCUGUCCACACGUCAGUGAUUCGGGUCUGUUCUUUGACGAGGCGUACGGCUUUUACCCGGGACAGGUCCUGAUUGGUCCCGCCAAAGUUUUCUCCAAUGUCCAGUGGCUGUCAGGGGUCAAACCUGUGCUCAGCAGGAAGUGCAAGUUCAGGGUGGUGGUAGAAGAGGUGAAGGUGGUGGAGCUGAAAGUGACGUGGAUCACCAAGAGCUACUCGCCCAAAGGUUCUGACAGCGUUUAUCCGCCUGCCUCCACCAUCACACAGGAAAACCUCUGCAGGGUGAGGCGUCUGGGCUACUACGACCACACCCAGAGGCAGCUGGGAGAGAGGGCCCUCUACGUAUUCCCGGCCAAAGGUGAUGCCACACGCAUCACCUGUGAUGGACCUGAGGGCGCCCCUGUUUUGCCUGAAGACCCUGUUGCCAGAAAGUUGAAAAGGAUGUUCAAGAAGGAUUCUGGGAAGAAGACAGAGAACGCCGAAUUACAAGGCGAGCACAGAUCUGAACAGACCGACUCGAAUCAUCCCAACAACAACAACGGUCCCGCGGUUUCCGUUCAGAACGCUCCAGACUCGCAGAACGACGCCUCGGCUGAACACGGCGAGCAGGACGCUGAUGACGAGGCUGCAGAGGAAACCGACGACACCAGCUCUUUAACGUCAUCAGCGAGCUCCACAGCCUCCUCUCAGAGCGGCGGUCUGGGAACCAACCGCAAGAAGAGCAUCCCGCUCUCCAUCCGCAACCUGAAGAGGAAGCACAAGAAGAAGAGGACAAAGUUCUCCCGCGAAUUCAAGCCCGGAGACCGAGUGGCAGUGGAAGUCGUAUCCACGAAUACCACGGCUGAUGUGAUGUGGAAGGACGGCCGGGUGGAGAAGGGGAUCCGAUCGAACGACCUCUACCCCAUCCAGCACCUGGACAGCCACGAGUUUUGCCCCGGCGACUUUGUAGUAGAUAAACGACCCCAAGCGCUGCAGGACCCCGGGGUGUACGGCAUGAUCCAGUCUGGCGAUCACAAAGGCAGAACGUGUGUGGUGAAAUGGAUCAAACUCAACUCCACCAGUGACGACGUGGAGGUCAUCGGUUUGGAGGAGGAUGUCAGUGUCUACGACAUCGCUGAUCAUCCGGACUUUCACUUCCGCACGACCGACAUCGUCAUCAGAAUAUGGAACUCGGAAAACGGACAGAACGACUGUGAAAAUGAGACGUCAGUCGGUCAGGUGUACAGGGUGGAUGUAAGCAGCAAAGUAGAGGUGGUGUGGGCAGACAAUUCGAGGACCAUUGUCCUGCCACAGCACCUCUACAACGUGGAAUCGGAGAUCGAGGAGACGGACUACGACUCAGUGGAAGAAACGAGCAGCGUUCUGUCGACCGAGGAGUGGGAGGACGAGAGCGACAGCUGGGAGACAGACAACGGUCUGACCCCAGAGGACGACAGCCACGUGAACAACGCGGAUGCCACGGAUACUGCGACGCCGACCCCGACGCCCACUGGCUCCACGACAUUCAUCAUCCCACCGCAGGAGGGCAGCAAAGCCGGGGUUACCAGCCCCACCAAAGGAGUCUCAGGAGAGGAGGGCGAAGCGUCUAUGGCGAGUCCUGCUUCUGGUGGAGGAGGAGCUGUGAACGGAGCGGAGAAACCCGGUAAGGAUGGAGCCUCUCGGGGCUUCAGGGAGUUGAAAGAGGCGCUGAAGAUCCUGGAGAGCUUGAAGAACAUGACUGUGGAGCAGCUCUGGACCGGUGGCUCCCCAACCUCCCCGACCUCCGUCGAACCCGCUUCCACGACUAACGUGGCGAGUUCGGUGACGCCGACGACCCAAGAAAAACCGACCAAGGAGAAACGCUUCCUAGACGAUAUCAAGAAGCUCCAGGAAAACCUGAGGAAGACUCUGGACAACGUGGCCAUCGUGGAGGAGGAGAAGAUGGAAGCUGUGGUGGAGGCAGUGGGGAGUGUGGGAGCAGGGAUGGAGGCGGGUGUUAAACAGGCAGAGAGAGCUGGAGAUGAAAAGCCCCAGCAGGAGGCGCAGACACCCGUAGGUCAGCAGGAGUGGCCCAGUGAGAUUCUCAGUGACACGCCGGUACUGUGCCAGCAGAGCGGCGGCAAACCCGGUGUGACAUUUACCAGUGCCAAGGGGGAGGUGUUCUCGGUGCUAGAGUGGGCACCAGAAACUCACUCGUUUAAGAAAAUGGAGUUCCAGCCUGCGGAGGCGAAGAAGUUCUUCAGCACGGUGAGGAAGGAAAUGGCUCUGCUAGCGACAUCGCUGCCUGAUGGCAUCAUGGUCAAAACCUUUGAGGACCGCAUGGACCUGUUCUCGGCUCUGAUCAAAGGGCCGACUCGUACGCCCUACGAGGACGGUGUGUUCCUGUUUGACAUCCAGCUGCCUAACAUCUACCCAGCUGUGCCGCCUCUGUUUCGAUACCUGUCCCAGUGCAGCGGCCGCCUCAAUCCCAACCUCUACGACAACGGCAAGGUCUGCGUCAGCCUGCUGGGCACCUGGAUAGGCAAGGGCACUGAGAGAUGGACCAGCAAGUCCAGCCUGUUGCAAGUCCUCAUCUCGAUACAAGGCCUUAUCCUCGUCAAUGAGCCUUACUACAACGAGGCCGGCUUCGACAGUGACCGAGGCCUGCAGGAGGGAUACGAGAACAGUCGCUGCUACAAUGAGAUGGCUCUGAUCAAGAUGGUGCAGUCUAUGACGCAACUCCUCCAGAAUCCCAUUGAGGUCUUCAAGCAGGAGAUCCAGGAGCACUUUGUUUCUAAUGGCUGGCGGCUCGUCCACCGGCUGGAGUCGUGGCUGGAGCUGCACGACUCUGCGGAGCGAGGGCAGGCCGCACACCCGUACUCCAGGGCUCAGCACUCCAAGGACCGACCUUCAUCUGUGGAGCCUCUGGAUGAGCAGCUGGCCCUGGGAUCGGGGCCCGUGGCGGUGGCCCACAGCAGCCCCGGUAAGGCGGGGGAGGAGGGAUACACGGGAGCAGGCGUCACCAGUAUUAUGGAGGAGGAGCUGGAGGAUUCAGGACUGAGUCCCUCCACCACAGCAGCCUCUCAGCAGGAGCUGGGCAACAACUCAGACUGCGACAGCAACCUGGGGAACAGCUCUCUGGGCAGUGAAACCAGGGGCAGCGCUGCGGGGCCCGGCUCCGUAAGCCGCACCGGGACGUCCGAGUCGGGUUCUGCCGCAGCGAGCGCAGGAGGGGCGGGCUCCUCGGGGAGCCAGCCAGUGGUGAGACCAAAGAAAAGGAGAAAGAGCUACCGAAGCUUCCUCCCGGAGGGCAGCGGUUACCCCGACAUCGGCUUCCCGCUCUUCCCGCUUUCAAAGGGAUUCGUGAAGAGCGUCCGAGGCGUGCUGCAGCAGUACCGAGCUGCGCUGGCAGCCGCAGGCAUCCCCGAGCACACAGAGGACAAGUAAGUGCCUCCUCAUCCUUUCCCAGUAUGCCACUGCACUGUUCCCUGCUCCUUUUCCUCCUCUUCUUCUACCUUUUCAUCCGCCUCAAGCCGUCGAGGAGGAUCCAUUACUUGUUGUCUGGGAGAGGGGGGCUACAGCUUUCUGUCUGCUGUACCCCUGUCCAGAGCUGCACUAAGCCCCCAGCACUGCCCACAUUUUUAACCUUUACCUCCAUUUCUUAGUCUUUACUGCUCCUGCUGCCCUGAACUCCACAACAUUCUGCCUUUUCUUGCCCCCAUAAUCGAACCACGAUUGCAAGAGAGCCGCACCUUUGAUCGGGAGCGUGAGCGGGCUCUGCUCGGGACGACGAUUUGAUCAUGUUUUUGUUUCCUUCAGUGUCCCUGCAGACGAGUGCGAAGCAUAAAGAGCGACUCACCCACCUGCACACACACCUGAGGGAGCUGC